AUGGAUUUUUGUGCUUCAAAUCCUUUGAAAUGUCUUAACAACGGUACUUGUAUCAUGAAUUAUACAUUGAAUAUCACUUAUUGUGUGUGCGAUCAAUGUCAUGAAGGAGAUUUUUGUCAAGAUCUACGCAGGGAAAACUAUUAUGACACAAAAUACAUCAAUUUCAUCAUGUAUAUCGUUGCAUUUGGUAUCUCAGUAUUGAACAACACAAUGUGUCUCGAAUUAUUUAUCAGAUGUCGAUUGAUACGGCGAACAAACAGUGGAGUUUAUCUCAUCAUCUAUUCAAGUCUUUGUCUGUUGGGUAGUAUUCUGCUUGUCAUGGAAGGUUAUGUAGAUUAUGAUAGAAGCACACGCGUAUUUCGAAAUGAUCCACAUGCUCGGCAAAGAUUUCAUUGCAUUGUUGGUGUCACAGGUUAUGGUUCAACGAGUUUUCUGUGUAUAUGGUUUAGUGCAAUGGUUCAACUCGAACGUGGUUUACUUUUAUUUUUCGGUGCAACAACAAAUUUUUCUCGAAAACGAUCGAUAAUCAUUUCUGUACUUUUAUUGGUUAUGGCAAUAGGUUGUUCAUUACCACUUAUCGUUUACAACUGUGAGUGGGAUGGUAAUCGACCUAUUAAAACUUUACGAGUUGUUCUCAUGUACUUUCAUAUUUGUAUACCGGUUCUCAUCUAUCUGAUUGCUACCAUUUUGACUUUCAUUGGUUUCGCUCGUCGAAUAGACGCUUAUGGAUUAGAAAAGCGCUCUAAACCAAGAUUAUUCAUGAAACUGACACAAACACAUUUCUUUAUUUUUAUUCCACCUGUCGUUUAUUCUAUUUGCUACGGACUCUUCAAUCUAGUGGCGAAAUACAGUGAUCCUGAUAAAGGUUAUUUCGCUUGUGGGAUCUCAACUCCAGAAUAUGUCGUAAAAAUUUUAUUACGAGGUCUCACGGGUCUUCCGUUUACUAUCACUUGGUUGCUUUUUGUGUAUCCAUCGCGAGUUUACAUGAGUGAGUUUUACAUGGACACGUGGUGUGGACAAUGGACAGCAUAUAUCAUACUGCGCUUUCGCCGGUGUUUUUCGAAGAAGAAGGACGAGCCGAGGCCCAACGAACCAUCAGAUGACGCUGGAUAUAACAGUAUCAGUGAUCAGCCUUUACUUCGUGACUCCUCAUCGUCUGCGUCGAACAAUCCGGUCCGAAACUGGCAUGAUCCAGAACAUUACGGCGAUUUCGUGACCCAGGAUUCCAGGCCGGACCAAAUCCGUUCGUUUCCGAUCGUAUCCGAACGUAAAAUCUUGGAAAUGUCGUCUUCUUUUCUCCGUGAAGCCGUUGGUUUAGCUGCUCAAUUACAUUUAUUGAAACUUGUAAUUGAUCUGAGUAGUUUCUACGAAGACUUCUUGUCACGGCGAGAAUAUGAUGUUGAUGAGAAUUCGCUCCCGAUGGUACCUAGGACGAUGGUUCCUGAAGCAGGAUUCUAUGAAUUUCCGACAAAAUCCCUGAGGAAACACGCCAUGUCUGAGCGGAAAAUGCCAGGAAUCCGACGGAGAAAUGCGGUAACCGUUUGCGGCUACCGUUUUCGACAUUUUCCUGUUGGUUCCGGCCCAAACCAGAUAAAUGUGACCACCGGAUCCGCUCAUCUGGAAUACUGCUUCCAUGAAAUCUCCGGAAUACCCUGGAAGCGAUCAUUUCCGUGCCGGAUUGCUUGGCCUGGGAUGUGA